GUGAUUUGAUUUUGUUUUGAAAUAUGGCAGAGAUGAUGCCACUGAUGAGGAGAUGUACCAGGCUGCUGAGCUGGACAACGCCCACAAGUUCAUCUCUGACCUGCCCAAUGGCUAUGAUACAGAUGCCGGGGAGAAGGGAGGCCAGGUUUCAGGAGGGCAGAAGCAACACAUUGCCGUCACCAGAGCUCCGAUCAGACAGCCUCGGAUUCUAGUGCUGGACGAUGUCACCAGUAACGUGGACACAGAGAGCGAGCAUUUGGUCCACCAAGCUCUGCUCAACGAUUCAAACCCCUGCUCAGUCCUGCUGAUUGCUCAUAAGCUGAGCACUGUGGAGAAGGCCAAUCACAUUGUCGUUCUCGAGGAGGGAAAGGUGCUAGAGGAGGGGGGCCAUGUUGAGCUGCUGGAGAAAGGUGGAACCUAUGCUGACCUGGUGAACAGGCAGAACACUGGCUUCCAGCGCAAAGAAGGGGAGGAGCUAAACAACUAAAACAGAGGCUCCAAUCCCAUGACACUCCUCAAUGUAAACUGAAAUCCCACUUCUGCCACCAUCUCACAUUUUCAACAUUAUUACCUACUAGUUCUACUGCAUCGUAUAUGCUAAACAAAUACUCUGAGAUCAUAGCAUCAAACUGUUGUUAAAUGAUCAUAAUCCCCUCACUGAUUACAAUAAGAGUCCUGUAAUAUAACUAUUUGCACUAUAGUGUAACUGAAGUAUUCUUUCUGCCCCAAAUGCCUUUUGUAUUUAUUUUUACAUUUAUUUUUGUUAAAUUGUUCUCCCACAUUUGUGUUCUAACCAUAUAGUGUAAAUAGGGAUCCCAAAGAAUGUUUUGAUUUUCUGUCUCUUCAAGGCAGUACAAUACAGGAGUCUUUUUCUGUUCUGU